UGACUUCAAAUUUGAAUUUGAAGCCAUUGCGAAUGUAAAAUCGUCGUCUUUGGUGUCCUCAUUGCUAGUUUUGUCGCUUCGCAGAUCUGGCUCAAAGACAAGGCCACUGCGCCCCCCCGCAUCUUUAUGAACAGGACUGUGUGGUCGUGCGCCUUCUUUGGUGCUUCUUGAGGAGCUUCAUUCUUCGUCAUGAUCUACUACCUCCCAUUCUGGUUCCAAGGCGUCAAUGACAUAUUUGCCAUUGGGUCAGGUAUUCGAAACAUACCCAUGAUUCUUUCCUUAGUAAUAUUCUCUCUCAUCUCCGGCGGCCUCGUCAGCACCUUUGGCUACUACGCUCCUUUCAUCCUUGCCUCUACCAUUCUCAUGGCUGUCGGUGCUGGCUUGAUGUCUACUUUUGAAGUCUACUCUGGCAGCGGCGUUUAGAUCGGCUACCAGAUCCUCUUUAGCAUCGGCGCUGGCAUCGGCAUGCAACAGACCAUGGUUGCUGUCCAGGCUUCACUCAAACAUGACGGUAUAGCCAUUGGCACCGCCAUCAUCAUAUUUACACAAACACUGGGCGGAGCUCUCUUUAUCUAUGUUGCCCAGAACAUCUUCCAGAACAAGCUUGUUUCCAACGUGGCCACAGCAAACAUUGAUGGCCUCGAUCCUUACAAAGUAGUUCAGAUUGGCGCCACGCAAUUUAAACUUUGAUUCCCAAGGAAUUCCUUCCUGUCAUCCCCCACGCCUACAACGCCGCUAUCAACACAUUUUAUGUCUCUACUGCCAUGGCUGCAAUAUCUGUAUUUUGCUCGGUCUUGUUUCUAUGGAACUCUGUGAAGGGUAAAACAAUCGAGCUGACCGCU